CUGAGAGAGAGAGAGAGAGUUGCGUGCUUUUUCUGAUUUUUUUUCCUUUCUGUAUAUCUGCGUUACUUUCAGCUCUCCUUCAAUCGCCGCAAGAGGGAUUCAAACACAAAAAAAGAUAGGGCCUUUGAAGGAUUGAUGCCAUUUAUCCAUCCAGAUUAUUCAUGGAAAUUGGAAUGAAGAGGAAUAGAGCAAAUAAUACUAAAAUUAGAGGCAAGAAGAUGAGAGUGGCAGUGAUUGGAGCUGGGAUUAGUGGAUUGGUGUCGGCGUAUGUUCUUGCCAAAAACGACAUCGAAGUGAUUGUUUACGAGAAAGAAGAUUACUUGGGUGGUCACGCCAAUACAGUUACUUUUGAUGGCGUUGAUUUGGACCUUGGUUUCAUGGUCUUCAACAGGGUAACGUAUCCAAAUAUGAUGGAGUUGUUUGAGAGCCUUGGGGUUGAUAUGGAGACAUCAGAUAUGUCGUUUUCUGUGAGUUUAGACAAAGGAAAAGGAUGCGAGUGGGGCAGUAGAAAUGGCUUGUCAAGCUUAUUUGCCCAAAAGAAGAAUCUCUUCAAUCCCUACUUCUACCAAAUGGUUAGAGAAAUUGUAAAGUUCAAGGACGAUGUGAUCAGUUAUGUUAAGAUGCUUGAGAACAACCCGGACAUAGACCGCAAUGAAACAUUGGGAGAGUUCAUAAAAUCACAUGGUUACUCUGAACUGUUUCAAAAAGCAUACCUUCUACCAAUAUGCGCAUCAAUCUGGUCCUGCCCUUCAGAAGGUAUCAUGAACUUCUCAGCUUUCUCUGUUCUCUCAUUUUGUCGCAAUCAUCAUCUCCUUCAGCUUUUCGGCCGGCCUCAAUGGAUGACUGUCAAAGGACGCUCACAUUGUUAUGUAAAGAAGGUGAAAGAAGAGCUUGAGAGUAGAGGUUGUCAAAUAAGAACUCAAUGUGAGGUACAAAUGGUUUCUACAUCUGAUGAGGGUUCCAUAUUAGUACAAUCUAAAGGUGGUACAAAAGAAGUGUAUGAUGCAUGCAUCUUGGCCGUCCAUGCUCCCGAUGCUUUGAGAUUACUUGGAGAACAAGCUACUUCGGACGAACGCAGAGUGCUAGGUGCUUUCCAAUAUGUCUACAGCGAUAUUUUCCUUCAUCGUGACAAAACUUUAAUGCCCCAAAAGCCAGCAGCAUGGAGUGCAUGGAAUUUUCUCGGAAGUACAGACAACAAAGCAUGCUUAACAUACUGGCUCAAUGUGCUUCAGAACCUUGGUGACACAAGUCUCCCAUUUCUUGUGACUCUCAAUCCAGAACGUCCACCAGACCAUACCUUACUUAAGUGGACAACUGGCCAUCCAGUCCCAUCUGUUGCUGCGACAAAAGCGUCGCUCGAGCUUCAUAACAUUCAAGGCAAGAGAGGAAUUUGGUUUUGUGGAGCAUACCAGGGUUAUGGAUUCCAUGAGGAUGGAUUAAAGGCUGGAACGGAGGCUGCAUAUGGCAUGAUUGGAAAAAGUUGUGACCUUCUUAGCAAUCCGAAACACAUGGUUCCUUCACUGAUAGAAACAGGAGCACGCCUUUUCGCCUCUAGAUUUCUUCAAAAUUUCAUCUCUGCUGGCAGUUUAAUCUUAUUGGAGGAAGGAGGAACAAUGUUCAGUUUUGAAGGAAGCACAAGAAAGUGUCCUUAUAAAACUGUUAUCAAGGUUGACAGUCCACAGUUUUACUGGAAGGUCACAACACAGGCAGAUUUAGGCCUUGCAGAUGCAUAUAUCAAUGGAGAUUGCACUUUUGUUGAUAAAGAUGAAGGUCUUCUUAAUCUCUUUCUGGUUCUGAUUGCCAACAGAGAUUCAAAUCCUUCAGUCCCAAAAUCAAACAAGAAAAGUUGGAGGGGAUGGUGGACUCCAAUGUUAAUGACGGCAAGUAUAGCCUCAGCAAAAUAUUUCUUCCAACAUGUCUCAAGGCAAAAUACUCUUACGCAGGCUCGCAGGAACAUUUCUCGACAUUAUGAUCUG